AUGGCAAAUCUCCUAUCUGAAAGAAAUAAUAAUGAAUUAUGUGGGUUUUCACCACUCAGAAAAACUAUUACAUGCUCAGUUUUCCAAGUUUUGCUGACAUUAUUCAUUAGCAUUUAUAUGAAUUUGUCAGAAAAUCGAGUGGCAAUAAUUAUAAUUCUAACGGCAAUAAAUUUAUUUUCAAGUAUAAUCGCAUUAAUAUUUAUAGUGUUUUGUAUUAUUGGACGAAAAAUUGGUGCCGCAUACGAUUUGUUGCUUCAUUCUUAUCUACUUAGUAUAAACGGCCUAAAUUAUGAGUUUGACCGCGUCCAUGCUAAGUUUGGAUUAAUUGCAUUUUUUUUGCCUGUGGCUGUAAUGUGUGGAAUAGCACUGACUUAUAAGAUGUUAAUAUUAGCGCUAACGAGUCUAUUCGAAAUUCUUUAUUUUCCAUUAUCAUUGAUGCAAAAAAUCAAUUCGUGGUGCUUUUCAUCAAUUGUGCAUACAAUUAUUUUAACAAUUAUCAGCGCUAUCACACUGCUUUAUCAAUUUUUUCACCGAAGUAUUCUCGAACAAAUGCAUAAAAAAGAAAAAAAUUCAAAAAAAAGGAAAAUGGUUGAGUGGAGUCAGACGUCGCUUCGACUGAAAACAAGCAAUACGGGUCCAGUUACUAUCUACUGA